CUGGUGUGUUCCGCUCCGGACGCCGGUUUCGCUGGGACCCAGGUCCCCAAAGGUGCCAGGAGAGGGGUGAGAUGAGGCGGACCUGACCUGACCCGGAACCCUCUCCUUGGCCACUGUCCUUUCUAAGGAACUCACCUUCCAGAGCCCACCUGCACAGACCUGCCAGGGGACCCUCCUAGGAGCUGAGAAAAUGGUGAUCUUCAGGCACCUCUCCCUGGUCGGGAAGGCCACCCUGGCUGCCGGCACUGUCUUCGUGUCCAUGAUUAUCUCCCGCUCCUACCUGUCCGAGAGCCUCGAGGUCAGGGCCUGGCGUUGGCUGUUCCGCCUGCAGCUUGCCCUGUUUGCCAACUCGCUCAUGCUGAUUGGCUCCCUCUACAUCUGGCGGAGCAUUGUCAGCAACCUUAGCCAUGCCCCAGCCUCACAGUCGGCCUGUUUCCAUCUUUGGAAGAUGGCGGUCCUGGCCUUCCUGGCCCUGGCCCACUCCAGUUUCUUCACCAUGCUCUUUUUAGUGGCCGAGGAACCCUAUCUUUUUUCCUUGGCCGCCUACUCCUGCCUCGGGGCGUACAUCAUCAUGCUGUUCUUCCUCUGUACCCUCAGCGGUAUGGAGCAGGCCUACCAGCUCUUGGCCUGGCGCAGUGGUCGGGUCGUGGGCAGCCUGGACAAGACAAGGAAGCUGGCGCUCAGGCCGGCCCUGGCAGUGGCCGUGACCGCCGUGCUCAGCAUAGCAGGGCUGCUGAAUGCUGCCCAGCCCCCGGUGGUGAAGACCGUGGAGGUGCCCAUCCAUCAGCUGCCCACCUCGAUGGACAACCUCAAGAUCGUGCUCCUCUCAGACAUUCACUUGGGCCCCACCGUGGGCAGGACCAAGAUGGAGAUGUUCGUGAGGAUGGUGAACAUGCUGGAACCAGAUGUCACGGUGAUCGUGGGGGACCUCUGCGAUUCAGAAGCCUCGAUCCUGCGGACGGCUGUCGCUCCUUUAGACCGGCUUCAUUCCCGCCUGGGCACCUACUUCGUCACCGGGAAUCACGAAUACUACACGUCAGAUGUGAGCAACUGGUUUGCGCUGCUGGAGUCCCUGAAUGUCAGGCCGCUGCACAACGAGAACGUGAAGAUAUCCGCCACCCGGGCCCAGCGUGGUGGCGGCAAGGAGGAUGACUGGAUCUGCUUGGCCGGGGUGGAUGACAUUGAAGCAGACAUCCUGCACUACUCUGGCCACGGAAUGGAUCUUGAGAAGGCGCUGGGGGGCUGCAGCCGGGACCAUACCACCAUCUUGCUGGCUCACCAGCCCCUGGCUGCCAAGAGAGCCCUUCAGGCUCGGCCGGAUAUUAACCUGAUUCUUUCUGGGCACACACAUGCUGGGCAAAUCUUCCCCUUGAAUGUGGCGGCCUAUCUCCUGAACCCCUUCUUUGCUGGUCUCUACCAGGUGGCUCAGACCACAUUUGUAUAUGUCAGCCCCGGCACGGCCUACUAUGGGAUCCCCAUGAGAUUGGGGAGCAGGGCAGAGAUCACAGAGCUCAUCCUGCAGCGGGCUCCUUGAACCUGGCCCCACCCUCAUCCUCUGCCCUUGCCCUCAUUCUCUGCCCCUCUUCGGGGUGGGUUGCCUGCUUUACGCCCUCCAGCCUUUCCUGCCCAGCCCUGCUGACACACCCUGGCCACAGGCUGGUUGGAACAGUGAUGUGUGGUGGGGCUGCCUGGCAGGUUAGCUCUGUCAAUGGCCAGUUGCUUUCUUAUAUGCAUUUGUGAGGCCACUGAAGUCACAUGCAUAAGAACGGGCAUUUAUUGUCCAGAUGAUAUGGAGUAAACCCCCCCUCUCUGCAGGACUCCCAGGAAUAAAUGGAAAGAAACAUGGGGUUGCUUGAAAGGGAUGCCUCUAGAAAGCAGAGUAGGGAAGGAACUCUGAGUGCCUUUCAAACCCUCUUUGGGACUUAGGCAGUUGCCAGAAUCAUUGAUGCAGAGCUUUCUGGGUAAGGGGCAUGUUGCUAGUAAUCUGGGAGAGCAGGUGAGAUGGAGGCCCCCUCUGGCUGCUGGAGAAGAAGAAUUUAUUUUCCCCCUGGGUUCUCUCAGAGUCCCCUCUAUUGAGAGAAUUGGCAAAACCUGCUGGACUACAGAGCUCAUCUUAUUCCAGACCUUGAGUGAUGCUAUUACUGUCUGCUUCUCCUGGGCCUUGGGGGUUGGGGGUGGGGUGGGCAGAAACAGAGCACCUUGGUAGGUGAUGGUAAGAGUGCUGCCUGGGGACUCCGAGGGUGUUUGGGUCCUUUUAUACAACUGGGUGAGGUCACCCUAGGGACAGGCUGCUGUUCCCUAUUUAGAGAUGAGGAAACGGGGCCCAAGGGCAUUGGCAACAUGACAGGGAGUUUCUGGGGGUGGAAAUCACGUCUUCUACCUCCCAAAGAAAGUGUUCUCUCCACUGUCUGGUGGUUCAGGGUUCAGACAAUUACCGUCAGAGAACAAGGACCUAGAACCUGAUAUUCUUUUCGAAGUGGUUUGCUUGAGGCUAAUUUCACUUCACUUGUGUAACUACAUGGGCUAGCUUCAGUUCAGUGUAGGAUGUCUGUUAUAUUAGAGGAAGAGUCAGGAAACUGGAGUCCCACCCCAGGCUUGGGUCUGACUUUUUUGUGUUUUUGUUUUUUUUUUGGUGGGAAACAGGCUCCCUCUCUCCCAGUGGGGAAGUUGCACGGGGAGUGGCAGGCCCCUGUGCUCCAGCAGGGCACUCCCCGGCUGUGGAGUGCUGGGAGCAUCCUUCCUACCAGACUGGCUUCCAGUCCCCUGGCCUGACCUCCAUAGAACUGUCCUAGGACUCUGGCCACAGAACCAUAGGGCCAUCUCUGCUGGCCACUGGACCCACAGGAAAACAGCCAGAGGUUACCGUGACUGGCCCUUGUGCCAGAACCAAGAGACCCUUUGCCCCUGGGUAGCAAUAAGCAGUCCUGUUAGGAAAGACCUCUCUGAGGGGACGGAGGACCUGGGCUCAGCGUUGACAUGUUUGUGACUGAGAUUCUUUCUCCAACGGGCACCACAGGCACCGCUCUGACGGGAGAGGCCCCCCUGCUGCUCCCCGCCAGGCAGUGUGGGGCAGGUGACUUGAGCUGCCUGAGCCUCGGUUUCCCUCGCCCUGAAAUGGGGAUAAUUAUCAUGUCUACCUCAAGUCUGUCUCGUGGGGAGGGUCUGGGACUUGGCGUGGGAGUUGCAUGUGGCACAGUCACAAGGGAAGCACUCAGGGUUGUUAAUUUGUGAGCACAGUGGGGCUUGCUAAGGAACUGUGUUGGGUGCGGGUGUCCCAGGGGUUUAUGGAGCAGACAAACCUGGGGGAUGUGAGUGGGUCCCGGGCCGCCUGCUGCUGGGCACGGUGAUUUGUGGGGGUUUGCUGUGUCCUCUGCCUGUGUUACGUCUUCUGUGCACACUCUGCCUGGUGGAUAAUGGGAUCCGGAAGACCACCCUCCUUAUUUCCAAAGUGUUGACAGCAGGCCUUCCUGCCAGUGCAGUGUGACUGAUUCCUCUCCAUUAGACACAAAACAGGCCCGCCUUACCUGUCCAAGGACUAGUCCUGCUUGGCUUGUGUUCCAUGGUGCGGUGGGAGUUUCCCAGCAGAAACUUCUCCGUUACCGGCCAGACAGGGCCCUGAAGGGUCGCUCGCCGAGGCACCAUCUGCACCUCUGUCCUUCGCCCAUUUACCUUCUUCUUUUGUUUAUGGCUAGAGGAGGUGGAGAGAAAUAUUUAGUUGGAGCUUGAAAAUUCUUUCAAUUUUAUUUUAGUUUAUUAUUAUUUUUUAAAUCUGUAAAAGCAAGUUAAAAUGAAACGUUUUUAAGAAAUUAACAAUGGCAUGUGUGGUGUGAUCCUAUUAUUGUAAAAUGUCAGUGCAUUAGUCCCACUGUCAUCCAUUCCAAACAUCCCUCCAUCUUUUUCCCCUUUGUUGAGAACUUUUUAUUGUGAACAUUUUUAAAUUUUCAUGAAGUACACAGAACAACCUCCUGGACCUCCGUGGGCUCACCACCCAGCUUCAACAGCUGUGACUGUUCCGCUGUUCUUUAUUCAUUUAUCUCUGCCCCGCACUGUUUUUCUUUUUUGGUUGGACAAUAUUAAGCAAAACCUUAGAAAAUAUAAUUUUACCCAAAAAUACUUCCUUAUGAAUCCUUUCUAGAAAAGUAUAUGGAUAAUGCUAUUAUAGCCAAGGAAACUAACAGUAAUUCUUUAAUAUCAUCUACUAUCUAGUAGGACGUUUGGGGGCUAGAAGCCAGGUCUUCUACUUCUCAAUACAAGUGUUUUUUUUUCCACUGAGGGUUAAGCAACUGUAUCUGUUACAGGUGAGUAACAGGAUUCAAAUACAGUUUACUGUCUAAAGAGUUAGUAUUCAGUUGUUCCUGCUUAUCCCCAUUGCCUCUUCCCAACCCCCCAACCUGGUAAAAAGCACACAGCAUAAAAUUUAUGAUUUUAAUGAUUUUAAGGGUAUAGUUCAGUAGUGUUAAGUCUAGUCACACCGUUGUGAAACAGGUCUCCAGAGCUUUUUUAUCUUGCAGAUCUGAAACUCUAU